UGUAAAUCCCCUGUCAUCUCUCAUUCCAAAGAGCGAAAGACACCGGGAGAAAGAGAGGAAACGAGCAAACAGAUAAAAUCUUUUAUCACGUCAAGUCCAGCCGUCUGGAGUGUGUUUAAAUACUCAGAGCUCAAAGUGAAGACGGACACACACUAAACUCUUCAAUAAUGGCCAUGUUUGGAGGAGGUCGUGGGGCGAAAGGGGGAAAGUUCUCGGUGGAGGAUCUGUACGGGAUCAGCAAGAAGCCCAAACCCUCUUCAGCGGCAGCAAUCAGCGCUGGGGCAAAAAUAAAUGCGCAGAACCGAGCGAAGGGGCAGAAAGGAGAGACGGACGCUCUGGCGUCGCAGAUUCUGGAAGCGGCACACAGACUGGUGGAGCGCCGGCGUCUGGAGCUUUACCUCAGAGAGUGUGGCCUCAGCAUCAAUGACUGCCAGUCUGAGAGACACGCCAUGCUGUACCGAAACCUUGGGAAAUCAGGUCUUCGUGUUUCUUGUUUGGGUCUCGGCACCUGGGUGACGUUUGGAUCUCAGAUCUCCGAUGAGAUGGCGGAGAGUUUGAUGACGAUAGCCUACGAGAAUGGAGUGAAUCUGUUUGACACAGCAGAAGUUUAUGCGUCGGGCAGAAUGAAAACAGUUUUUAAUAUUUUAAAAAAAAUCUCUUUCAGACGGUCCAGUUUUGUAGUAACGACUAAGAUCUACUGGGGCGGACAGGCAGAGACAGAGAGAGGCCUGUCCAGAAAACACAUCAUAGAAGGUCUCAGAGGCUCCCUGUCUAGACUACAGCUGGAUUACGUGGAUAUUGUCUUUGCCAACCGAAGUGAUGUAAACAGCCCCAUGGAGGAGGUGGUACGUGCCAUGACGUUUGUUAUAAACCAGGGUAUGGCCAUGUACUGGGGCACAUCACGCUGGAGCGCUAUGGAGAUCAUGGAGGCGUACUCUGUAGCGAGGCAGUUCAACUUAAUCCCGCCGGUAUGUGAACAGGCCGAGUAUCACUAUUUCCAGAGGGAUAAAGUGGAGGUGCAGCUGCCAGAGCUUUACCACAAGAUCGGUGUCGGAGCGAUGACUUGGUCUCCUCUAGCAUGUGGUUUGAUCACCGGAAAAUAUAGUGAUGGUGUUCCUGACUGUUCAAGAGCCGCAAUGAAGGGCUAUCAGUGGCUGAAGGAGCGCGUCUACAGUGAAGAAGGACGCAGACAGCUCGCCAAAAUCAAAGAGCUCCAUCUGGUGGCCGACAGGCUGGGUUGCACGGCUGCUCAACUCGCCAUUGCAUGGUGUUUGCGUAGUGAAGGGGUCAGCUCUGUGCUUCUUGGUGUCUCCAAUACAGACCAACUACUUGAGAACCUCGGCGCCCUGCGGCUGCUGUCUCAGAUGACUCCUCAGACCGUGAGCGAGAUCGAUGCUCUCCUGGGCAACAAGCCUCACUCCAAGAAAGAGUCCCGCGCUUGAGGGAACCGGAGGACCACAUGAUCAUGAAGUGCAGCCAGAAAGGACAAUGAGAGAACGCAAGGGGGAAAAGACGGAUCACGGCGAACCAUGGCUUUUCUGCUCUCCCGUAUAUUCCAACACCUGCAUGCCUUCUGCAACAUGCUUCCAGCCCAUACCGCACUGCUCUGUAACCCUUCUCAAAUAUCCAGCACAACCUACCGAUCAAACACGGCUGUCCGCAACAUCACCAACGCCACCACCUUUUACAUUUUGCUUAUUCAGACAGGGUUUCAGUCUUCCAGGUGGAAGCACUGCCGUUUGUUGGAGGCCAGUGAGGAGUUCGGCGUUAUCCGCAGCCCAGAUGGAUUCUCUGCGAUUAGACUGAGGCUUUAUUUUUAUCGGCAGCUGGAAGCACUAUUGAAUUUGCCAAAUAUUUAUCAAACAAACCUGCGCCGGGUGAAUGAUGUGCGAUGAUGAUGGGCGUUCUGUGCAGAUUUUUGUUGCGUGGGCCUGGUUGUGCGUUCACGAAUUGCGAAGGAGUGUUUGUGCGUAUGCAUGCGGUGACACUUUGAAUCCGACUCUCCAUUGCUGGUGUUGCACUCAUAAAAUGGACGCCGGGCAGACUUUACACAAGGGAGGAUGUUUCAUCCCGACGGUGAGGGCGUCCGUUCACUGCCUGUCACAUUUCAUUCUGGCGGUGCAGGAGAGCGUGGCAAAGACUCCAGCGUGUGACGGGAAACAACAUGCAGCAACUUCAAACAGCUGUUUGGACACAUCACAAGUCUUCCUCCAUUUCCCUCCUUUCCAUCUCUCCUUGUGUUUACAACGGUGCACCUGUCCCUUUAAGAGAACCUGUGCAGUCGGGGGAAGGGUGUGUGAGAGCGUUCGUGGUACCUUGCAAACAUAUUCAGACCCUCACGAGUUCACUUAGGCCAGGGUUGUCCAAAGUCGGUCCUGGAGGUCUGGUGUCCUGCAGAUUUUAGCUCCAACUUGCCUCAACACACCUGCAAGGAUUUUUCUAGAAAGCCUAGUAAGAGCUUGAUAAGCUAGCCCAGGUGUGUCUGAUUGGGGUUGGAACUAAACUUUGCAGGACACCGACCCUCCAGAACCGAGCUUGGACAUGCCUGACUUAGGCCAUGUCAACAUGUGCAUGGGUAUUUUUAUUUAGUUUUAGUUUUCGCUGCUUUCGAUGUUUCAAUUCGAUUUAUCUUUAUUCGUACCCUACUUAAAAAACCAGGUUAAACCAGCCUAGGCUGGUU